AUGGAGGUGAUGGACUUUGCGGACGGCGCGGUGACCCCGUCGACGCCCGCUUCUGUCGCCUCGUUCGACCCGUCGAUUCCGUCGACGUCGACGGCGCCGUCGACGCCAGGACCAAUCGGAUUCGGCUCCGCCCCUCCCAGGACUCCGUCACGCCUCCAGACGCCUCAGGGUUCGUCCUAUUCUGAACUUUUGAUAGAUUCAUGAGAUGAUAAAAGUCAUUAGAAGGGGGUUUUUUUGAAUUUUAAAUUUGUUCAGUUAAUCUGCAAGACCAGUUUAAGCUUUGAAAGGUUGUAUUGAUAAAGAUUUUCAAAAAAAGAAUAUUUUUUUAAUCGAUUUUUUUCUCAAAAAAAUUUUUGCUCGAAAUUGUCAUUUUGAAGCGCUUUUUCUAUGCGAAAAAUCUAUAUUUUUUUGAAAAAAAUUUGACCCUUUUUACAUGUAUUUCUGUAACAUAAAUCUAAUCAUUUUUUUCGAAAAAAAUAAAUCUGAUAAAUCUGAAAAAAAGUCCAGUCGAAAAGGAAUAAUUUGAUAAUAAAAUUGAAUUCUCGACCUUGUUUUUUGACUUCUUGGCCUAUUUUUGAACUCGAAAUAAAAUUAGUGUUUUUCCCACCGCAAAAGUUCAAAUGUCUAUUCAUAUUCCCAGGCUUUUCGUCCAAUUAUUUGUAGCUUUAUAAGUUUUUUUCUCCAAUUUUCAGAGGUUAAAUUUAACUUUCUUUCUGGUAAUACAACUGGGUCACGAUUCUAAGCUUUUUUUUGUCUUUUUGAUAGAAGUUAUAUAAAAAACUUGAACAUUUUUGGAAAAAAAGGUCUGGAAAAAAAGGCCAAGAAAAAUUAUGUUUUUCCGGGAUCAAUGAAACAUGAACGAGGAACAAGUUAAAAAUAAAAGAAAUAAAAUGUUUCGUAAGAUUUUUAAAUCGAAAAUCCCUCUUUUCCUCCUUUCUCAUAACAAUUUUCGUUCUGUUGGCCGUCGAUUUUAUCAAUUUUCUUUUUAUUUCACUUUCCCGCUUCGUUUCCAGAAUGAAAUCGAAAGCGAUUUUUGAAAAUGUUCGGUUUGAAGAUUUUUCACCUAGUAGCCUUGCAUUAGUUAUUUUAUUUCGAAGGGUCGAAAUUGAAAAAAGAGAUCAAGUGACUUCUGAAGAGACGGCAGACGAGACAACUAUUUUCUUUCUCUGGAGCCUCUUCAGAAGCUCCUUAUCUCUAUUUUCAGUAAUUUUUUGAUUUUUUUGCUCCAAGUUGUUGUUUCUAUACUAUCGAAUCUCAUAGGAAUCAAGAACAAAAAUGAUUUUAUUAUCUUUAAGUUUGAGAAAAUUCCAAAUAUUCUGUAAUAUUAAAAUUUAGGCUCUUUUCUAAGUAAAUAAUAGAUUUUUUUUUCUAGGAUUUUUCAAGAUUUUUAUUUUAAGAAGCCAUAGUUUUUAGUUCUUCUCCUGACUUUCCUAAUUAUCAAAAAAAGACUUUCAGUUUGAGGCUUUUCGAUAAUUUUAUUUUUUUCUUUUUGAUUUUUUUAAAAUUAUCAAGAAGCCUUCUAUUUACAUUAAGUAUGAUCUAUAUGAUAUUUUUUUAAAAAAAUUUCGUGAUUUUAUUAAGAAUUUUUUUGAAGAGUUGUACUUAAAACAAGGCUUGACCUUCCCGGUAUUUUCUAGCUUCAUAGGAUUUUUUUUAUUUUAUUAAAGAAAAGCCUUUUGAAAACAGAAAGCAUGGUCUUUCCAAGAUUUUUCAUACAACCUGAGAAAAACUCAUGUUUCAGGAGGCAUGCAGCAGGCUCAAAAUUCGCCAUUCCGGGCCCAAAACGGCGGCGACCGCGUCGCCCAGCUGCAGCAACAGUCGCGCCGGAUCAACAUGACGAACGGCUGGCUCCAAGAUCACCACCAACAGCAGUACUUGCAGAGGCCCUCGAGGCCUGGAAGUCAUGUCAGUGAGCCUGGUGAAACAAGACCGCAUUUGGAAUGGCUAAAAUCGAUGAAAACCUAGUGAAAUGAGACAGAGCCACUCCGACUGUGGCAUAAUUUCUGAAAAAUCUGAGGAAGUCUUUAAUUGAAGCUCUGGAUGUUCCUAGCUAGAAAUUGACUUGGUAAGGCCAAGACCGCAUUUGGAAUGGCUGAAAUUGAUUAAAACAUCGUAAAGCUAAACUAAGAGCCAUUAUAACUGUGGCAUGACUUCUGAAAAAUCUGGGGAAGUUUUAAUUGAAGUUCUGAAAGUUCCUGGCCAGAACACCAUUCGGUGAGACUAUGGUCGCAUUUGGAAUGGCUAAAAUUGAUCAAAACUUGGUAAAACUAGACUAAGAGCCAUUCCGACUGUGGCAUGGCUUUUGAAAAGUCUGAGUUUUAUUUUGAGCCGAAUUUUAAAGACUAAUCUCCAUUUUUCAGGUCGGCUCAGCGAUAUCGUCCGCGACAUCGUGUCACACGGAAAUAUCGUUAUUUUCCAUCGCCGGAUUGUCGACUUUGAGUGUGGACACGAAUGUCGCCAACUAUCCUUAUAUGUACGCUCAGAAUGCCCAGGUUCGUGUCACUUAAGGGACCACUUGAGGGGUGAAAUGAGGGGCAAAAUAAAGAGUUUUUUUUUUGAAGUAUAGAGAGUUUUUUCUUGAGUCUGCAAGAUUUGACAGAAUUUUUGUUUUCAUGUUGAGUUGAUCGAAUUGAAGAUGGUCGCAGGUAGAAUGGCUCAAAGCGUCGCCAAAGCGAAAGUCGUUUUCGGUCGGGCGCAAUUGCUAACUUAUUGAGCCAUUCAGCAUGCGACCCUGAAUUGAUUGAUUUAAGAUUCUCGUCCGAAUAAAUAUGAUUUUUUUUUGAAACUGGAACCUCAUCAACUUGAAUUUUCCCUUUUCCAGAUGCCCAACGCUCUGUCGACCGUUUCUGCGUCGUCCUCAACGGAAAACGAAAAUCCGAACAUGUUGAGAGAUAUCGAAUCGGCGGUGGAAGGAGCCGUUAGGGUGCUCCAGCGAGAAAACAACUGGGUUCGUUGGAAAAUUCCGAAAAAAGGGGAUCUUUUGAUUUUUCUCCAUUGAAAGUUGGUUAUUACGUCGAAUUUCAGAGCAUUUUAAAGGUUUAAAAAAAUUUUUUUUCAAAGACUUUUAUAUUUUUUUCACUGUUGAAUGUAGAUAAUUAUAGUAGAUUUGAAGCAUUUCCGGCGUUUAACCUAAAAAAACAGAUUCUUGGAAUUAGUUCAUUUUUUUACAUUUAAAAAUUAAAUUAAUUACGAAAAAUUAACCUGAAAAAAUCCAGUUUUUUUCUGUUAAAACCAGAUUUUUUUUCAUACGAAUUCGAGAAAUUUCAGACGUUUUCUGGAACAUUUGGAACAUUUCAGCAAAAAAAGACCGCUCUUCCUUGGAAAAUCAUAAAAAGAAUAAAUCAAAAAGUUCCCCGAUUUCCUUGUUUCAAAAAACAUUUUUUAAUCAGACUGUUUAGUUUGAUCAAUUUUGUUGCACUCUUAGUACGUCUCACAGGAUGGUCAUUUUACUUUGCGUUUGGGAAUUUUCUGAAAUUUGGCCGGGAUCCUUCUUGAUGGACCGGAUGAAGAUCCUACUCGGGCAAAACUGAAAAGCUCCCCAAAAAGCUUUUCUCAAAGAAAUACCUUGAAAGGGUCCCCAGCAGAACUUUUUUAUAUCGUUUCUUUUCUUUUUUGCAUCUUUUUCACAUCCUCUGACAAAAAGGAUGCUGGAAAACAACUAAAAAGAUCCGAGAGGAUUCAAAAAGGAUCCUCUGAAGCUAUGAAAAAGGAGCUCAAAAGCUUUUUUACAUCAUUUUAGGAGCUUUUAGAGGAAGCUUUAUAUCUCAGGAUCCUCAAAGGAACUUUUCCGUUUUACCUAUGUAGGAGUCCUAACCGGCAAAACUUUCAAGUUUUCGAGAAAAUAAGGGCCUAAAGCCCGAAAUAGCCUUUUUCAAUGGAUUUUAAGGGUUUUGUUUGACUUUGAAGCGUCUUUUUCCGAAAACGAGGAUGCUGUGCAAGUUGAGACUUUCAGCAUCUUUUCUUGGAACAUCUAGGAGCGUUCUGGCCAAUGUUUAGGGAAAUCCCAACCGCAAAGUAAAAUCCCCCCUUGUGAGGUUGGACACUACCUCCCUGAGCUUGGAAAUAGCUUUUCCUAGGCUUUUCGGUCAAUUUUUGGAAGCCCGGACAAAUUCAAUUCUCUACUUGCUAAUCUCUGUUUCAGCCUUCAUUUUUUUUUCAAGUCCAACCCUUUAAUUAAAUUUAUGUCCUUUUCAGACUCACUGAUAUAAUUUUUGGAUUGUGGCAAAUAAAACCCUCAAAUCGAUGAUAUUUAUAACUUCUGCCUAUUCAUACAAAUGAUGAAACUCAACUUAUCAAGAAAGACAAACGAUAAAAAUGAUCAUUUUCACGGUUUUUAUUUUUCAUCAAGAUUUCACUUUCAAACCUCAUUUUGUUUAUAUUUUUCCUCUCUUUCUUUCUGAAUUAUUCGAAUAAUAUAAUUAUGGAACUAUUUCGAUCCCAACGAAUAUUUCUCAAACUCACCAUUUUCAUACAAAUCAGGAAACGUAUCUUAACGGGGAAAUCAAAAAAAUGGAAAGUCAUUGAAAAAAACAUUUUUUUUGCCUUGAAAUUUUGACCGGUUUUUUUAAAAAUUAGAAACCUCAUUUUAUUUGUUAAUUUGAAUCGAUCAAUUCUUUACUUUUCUUGGUACAUCUAGGAGCGUUCUGGCCAUUUUUUUAGGAAAAAUCCCAAAAAAAUUGUCUGCCAGGUUUCUAUUGUUAUUUUCCAGUAGAGAUUGAGUUUUGAAAUAUUAAAAAUUGUGGUGUUUUAUCUGUGCAAAGCGGUCGCGUUUUCGCAAAAAUCAAAAAAUUUUUUUCCAUUCAAAUUCGGCCUCGGAUGCUUCUCAGAAAAAGCCCCCCCACCCCCCUUUAGAGCUUAAAAAAAUACAGAGGAAGUUGAUAAUGCUUGAAAAAAUCUUCUCCCUUUCCAGGAACGGAAAUUGGAAGUCCUCCGAGGGACCCUCUACCCCCUAACAAUGACGAAAUGCCGGACGGGCGGCGCAUUGGCAACGGAACAGUUCGCGAUUGGCCACGCCUCCAAGAAGAAGCUCCUCGAUCUCGUCAAAUGCCUCUUCAUGCAGCUCGUCCCACGGCCCAACGAGACCGAGCACAGCGAGGCGGUUCGUUUUUCUCUUUCUGUAACUUGCAAGUGUUAACGAAGGGAAAUUCUUUUCUUGAAAUUACGAACGUUUUUAGGAGGAUAUGAAGGGAAAAUUUGGCCUUUUACAGCAAUUUCAUGACAAAAAAUUCAUUUAACGCCCUUUUCCUAGUGGCUUUUCAUUGAACUUAUUUUCCAAAUGAAGUUUUUUUUUAGGAAAAUUUCUAGUGCACACUUUAGGGAUUUUUGACGUUUUAGUAGCCACUAUAGUAGUCAAAUUAGUGGCCACUUAAAGGGUUAAAAUUUAGUGGCCACUUGAGGGGUCAACGGAUCAACAUAACUGAUCCAAUCUGCUUUUUUUAAAACGAAAAAUUCAUCAAUCACCAUUUUUCAGAGGAUUUUGAUUGAGUUUCACUUCCAAAUGAAGUUUUUCAUAUCAUUUUCUGGGAAAUUUUGAGUGGCCUCUAUAGGGAUUUUUGACGUUUAUUGGCAACUAUAGUAGUCGUUUUAGUGGCCUCUUUAGAAGUCUUAGCGGUACUACUACAUCACUAUUUUUUAGACACCUCUUUAGGAGUCAAUCAACUUUAUUUUGAAAUGAUCAAAGCUUAAAUAAAUUUAUUGGAAUCACGGUUUUCUCGUGGAAAAUGGAAGCUUUUCAGUCUUUUUAAGUGCAAAGAUAUGCCUUGAAACCUUUUUUCAAGUGUUUUUCGACUAUUUAAAAAAUUUAUUCAAAAGGGAUUUUGUACUCAAAAAUGGUUCAUUUAUUUCGGUCGAAAAAAAAGUUUUCUGGUAUUUCCACACCUUAACCCUAGAAAGGGGCGGUGUCGAAAAAGAAAACCUUUCGUUUAGCUCUCGAAACCUUGUUUGGUUAUUGCGUCAAAAAAAAAUGAAGAAAAUCAUAGGAAGACAAAAAAAAGCAUCUGCAUACACGUCGCUGUUUUCGGUUAGAUCUGGCGGGCACCCUUGAGACAAAAGUUCAAAAAAAAGUUUUCUUGGAAAUACCGAAACAAUUUUUUAUGAAACUUUAUGAAAUGAUGAUAUUGUGAAACGAGCCACUUCGAAAUCUUGUACGGAAGAAGUACUUUAAUAGGCAUUUGAAACUAAACGGGGUACACCCUUGGUUACAAACUUGUCUUCAUUUUCGUCCUUUUUUUCAUUUCUUGUUCCUAUUUUAUUCACUUUUCAACUAAAUUCAUUAGUUUUGUUGAUUCCAGGUGGUCAGCAUCACCCUGACAGUCCUCUACCACGCGGCGACGAAAAGCCGAACUUGCCGGGCAAUCAUCGAAAAACACAAUCGAGACGUCAAAAGAUCGAGCAACGUGUUCGGUCUGUUCCCAGUGAUUGUUCAGCGAGUCAAGUUGGUCUUUUCAACUCGUUCUGCGAGAUUUUAGGAACCUUAUUAAGACUUUUUUCAAAGCUAAAAGUCGAAACUUCAAAAUUAAUUUUAUUGAUAAAAUCAGGAGGAAAUUAGAAGUGUUAGAGGUUUGAAAAAUAUUUGACAAAAAGAUUUUUUUCAAAAUUUUUAAAUUUUAAAGUCGAAUUUAGCUUUGAACACGGCGGUUUUAUUAGUGGAAAAUAAAAUGCAAAACCAAAAAUUAAGGGGGCGUGGUCAAAACCUCCGCCGUCCCCAUGUGACGUCAUGAGAAAAACGCGUAAACAACAGAAAAUAUUGAAGGCGCAUGUUCAAUGGGUCACGAGACGAAUCUAUAGUCUGUUCAGAUUUUGAAUAUCAAGUAGAAUGACGUCAUUCGAAAACGCUCUGUAGGUGCCUUGCUCUCUGAUUGGUUUAUCGCGCCAUUAGGGGGCGGAGCUUCAGCGAAGACUUUAUAUUUGAAAUCUGAACUGACUAUACUUCUCCUUUUAAAACAACGCGAUUUUUCUGUGCCAGAGCGCCGCUGUGUAUGCACACGACACACUACACUUUACGGAAAAAAUGUCACGGGCAGUCGCCAAAAAAAAGUCGUGGGAAAAAAGCUUAACUGAUCAGAAAUAGGAGUAUAUUCGAUUCACGACUAAAAGGGGGCGUGGCCUGUCUGCGCUCUCCACCAAAUAGGCACUGUCUCUUCAUUUUUUAAAUCGUGCCAGGACCCUUUUUCGAUGGCUCAAGCCAGCCGUGAAUCAGCUAUAAUUUAGGAUUAUUAAAGGCUGUUCUGAUAAAGUUUGCAAAUGAGCUAUGACUGAUUGUAGAAAUGAGAUUCAAUUAUAUUAUGAAAAUGCGGGGAAACGUAUGAUAUGUUGGACGAGAAUGGGGGAUUUCGGACAUUUAUUGAAUUUUUUUAAUAGUUAAAAACCAGAACACUGAAAAAAGAAUCAGAGUUGAAAAUCCCUGCGUAGAAUUGACAUUAAAUGAACAAAAAAACCAAGCAAAUUUUCAAAAAAAAUUUCAGAUUUUUGGGCUGUUUUCGAGUAGUUUUCCUUCAAGAAAAGUUGGUUUUAAGAGCUUUUUUUUGAUUUUUUUGUUAUCAAAGGAAUUUCUUCACUGGUAGGUGGUUAAAAGACGGGGAAAAAGAAAAGUUUACAAUUUUAUGGAAAAAGCCAAAGCUUGGCCUGAAUCCAAUUAUCUUCAAUUUUCUUGCUUUUAUUGGUUUUUUUUAGAAUAAAAAUAUCGAAAAAUACUUUUUUGUUGAAUAAACAGAAAAAUCCAGGUUGAUUAGCCAAAAAAAGAAGAAAAAAGACGAAGAAAAAGUUUUUGAAAAAACAGCCUUUUUACAUUUCCUUUUGCGCUCCAUGGCUAACUUUCGAAAAUUUUCAGCCAAAUGAACCCCCGAUACGUAAAUAAAGCCUGGGUCUUGCUGAGCGCACUGCUGAACCAGACCAAGAUGAGGAAAGACGCGCAAGAGUGAGUUUUUUCGAAAAAUGUUCACGAAAAAAGAAAAAAAUAGAGUAACAUGGAUUUGGAUGACUUCCCUGUUUCCAAAAUUUUAUAAAAACCAGGAAGUUUCUUGUUUAAACAAUGAUGAAAAAUGCUCUCAAUUUCACCUAAAAAUCUUGAUAUUUCUUCAAAAAUUGAAACCUUUUGAGGAACUGAUUUUUUUUCUAGCUUGUAACUCGAAUUUUUGAAGAAGUUGCAGAAUAAAAAUAUGUAUAGAUUCAUUCAUCAUAUAAGGCUCUAUCGAUUUAAUACGAUUCCACAAAAAGAUCAUUUAAGGGACCCUCGAAUUUGCCCGGAAAUCAUGCGAUUCCUCGUUGAAAAGCUCCGCGGAGAACUGGAAUCAACGGCCAAGUACCUGGCCGUCGGAGCCUUGCGGGUCAUCGUACAAGAACGUCGGGGCGGCGAAUGCGUGGCGAGACCCAUCAACUUUGACCGACAGGUGGGAGAGUGGCUGAAUGUCUUGAACGAAGCAAGAGGGGUCGUUGGUUUGGAUCCUGACGGCGGAAAAAAGAAGAAGAAAAUGCUAAUAAAGUUUCUUCUUUUGUUUUGUAGUAGUUGAAGCUUGUCUCAGGGCCCAGAAGGUUGGCCGAAUGGCUAAGAUCCUUGCCGUAAAUAAGAGGGGUCGCUGGUUCGGAUCUUAAGCGCUGUAAAAUGAGAUGAAAUGGCAAAAAUAGGUUUCAUUAUUUUUUGUGUUGUAGUUCUGAAGAAGUAUUCCAAAAAGUAAGCAAUUAAAAAUUUCUGCGCUCUCUCAUUAUCAACUGCUAUUUCCAUGUCUCUAUGAGAGAAAAGAGAGUGCAGACAUGUAAGAUUGUUCCGAGGCGAGAAGGAUGAUUUAUAUCUGGAUAAACAUACGGCAAAAAAUGCUUGGGAUCCGAACCAACGACCCUCCCAACCCUAACCCAAGCUCUUAUCCACUCAACCAACACGUCAUCGAUUCAGGAGCUCCUCGCGACUGGCGUCAUCGAGACCCUGACGCAGAUCAUGAAACAAGAAGUUGAUGAGAAGGUUCUCUGGUCGACCGCCCAGACUUUGAGCGUUUUCCUGACCGAUCCGCUUUUCGGCGAGCUUUUCGUCAAAUGCGGCGGUAUUCAGGUAAUUUUUCGCAUGAUUUCAAGGAAAAUUGAGAUUCCAAGCGUUUUAAAGCACAAAGUUUCAUGAAAAACAAAAGAAAAAAAAUUUUUUGCCAUUCUUUUUUGACCUCAAGAAGGCAUACUAUAAAGCACGGGCGUUUACAAAAUGCGACCGCUUCUUUGGUGCUCCACUGCGAAUUAAUAAAAUACGGGCGUUUCUUAAUCUUAUCUCUUGCACCUUUUUCUGGCACAUCAUCUCAAAAAAAGUUUUUUUGAAUUACCAUUACUUUUAAAAUUAAACGAAAUUCUAAGUUUUUCGAUAGCUUUCUGAUCCGUAUAGUAGUGUCUUUUUUAUUUUAGAAAUUUGGAAAAAAGAAAAAAGUUGAGAAUAAGUGCCAGAAAAGGUGCAAGAGAUAAGAUUAAGAAACGCCCGUAUUUUAUUAAAUUUCAGUGGAGCACAAAAAAAUCGAUCGCAUUUUAUAGACAAUAACACCGAUCGCAUUUAGUAAACGCCCGUACUUUAUGGAAUACCCCACAAGAACAAUCGUAAAUUUCAAAAAACUUCAAUUUUCAUUCUUUCAAUGAAACGGCAAUAUCAUGUUGCAGGCCCUCUGCAACAUUUUGUGCCAUCCGUCGACCCGACUCCUACAUGAAGUCCUUCUUUGUCUGCAACGGACCAUCGACUUACCGCAGACCCGGGAUCAGGUAACAUCAGUUAACAUGAGCAAUACGAAUUAUUUUUCCUUUGAACAUUUGAUAUGAGCAGAGACAUCAUAUUGCUCGACCUGAAUUCCAUAAUCAGAUUUUAAAAAAUUCAUAAUAAGCUGGAGAAACAGUAGAAUGAGAUAGGGAAAACACGGCGAAAGUUGUGAAAUUGUGAGGGCCUAAAAUGAUGUAACAUGAGCAACACUGAGCAAUUCUCAGGACCUCGCCGAAUCGAUCGAAAAAGUGAUGCAACUUCUCGGCGCCUCCGAUGCGGUUAUAGUUGAAAGAGCCACCGGAUGCCUCGUCAACGUUGGCUUCCACAACAAGAAGAACAAGGUAUCACUUAAGGGAUUUGGGAGAAAAGGGGGCGUGGCCAGACGUUUAGAACGAUUUUUUUUUCCGCGUUUGGUUUUUUUGUUUAAAAAAGGCGCGGCGAGCAGGUCAGAGGUGAGACUGAAGUUUAAGGUGUCACUUAAGGGAUCUAGGGGAAUUCGGAGCAUUUUGAGCUGUUUUCCUCGAAUUUUUCAAAGAUUUUCCAACUUUUUGCAAACUUUUUGUUAAGAAAAUGCAAAAAGCACGGCAAGCAAAAUUGAGCUUGAAGGAUAAGGUGUCACUUAAGGGGUCUAGGAGAAAUUGGAGCCUUUUAAGCCUUUUUUCUCGAAUUUUUCAAAGAUUUUUCAUGUUUUUGAAAAUUUUUUUUUGAAGAGUUUUCUAUUUAAAAAGGGCAAGAGUAGGCAAGCGAAAUUGAGCUCGAAGGCUAAGGUAUCACUUAAGGGAUCUAGGGGAAGAUUGGAGCAUUUUGAGCUGUUUUCCUCGAAUUUUUAAAGAUUUUCCAACUUUUUGCAAACUUUUUGUUAAGAAAAUGCAAAGGGCACGGCAAGCAAAAUUGAGCUCGAAGGCUAAGGUAUCACUUAAGGGGUCUAGGAGAAAAAUUGGAGCGUUUUUGAGCUGUUUUCCUCGAAUUUUUUUCAAAGAUUUUCCCAAUUUUUUUAAAAAUUUAUUUUUUUAAAAAGAGUUUUCUAUUUGAAAAAGGGGCAAGGGUUGGCAAGCGAAAUUGAGUUUGAAGGAUAAGGUGUCACUUGAGGGAUUUAGAGAAAAUUUGGAGCAUUUUUGAGGCAUUUUUCAAUUUUUCCUAUGACUUUUCGACCAUAAUUUUUCACGGAAAGGCCGGCCAAUCAAAAUUUAAAUUUAAAUGAGUGCAUCUUUGAGCUAUUUUGAGGUUUAUUUUUGAAGAAUUCUUUGAUUUUUUUUUGGAGAUUUUUCAUUAUUUUUUUUCAAAUGGCUCUGACUAGCCACAUGGAAUUUAUUUAAAAAUGAUAUUUUCCUUUGUUUUUCAAUUUUUAAAUUCAUUUCGUUCCAUUUUCCAGGAGACCCUCGUCGAAUGCAAAGCCCCCAACAUAAUGUUCGACGUUUUGAAAAUGUCGAACAAUUUCGUCCGAGUCCAGGAACCGUCGCCCUUCCCUCACCCGCAACAUCUCGACCCCAUGACGCAGAGAGGUCAGUUUUUUUGAACUUGAAAAGAAAAAAUCUAGUUUCGAUCAUUCUUACAUUUUAGAGCGUGCAGUAAAAAAAUUAAUAUUAUUGAAAAAUGCUCGAAUUUUAAAAGCAGUAGUCUGUUUUAUAACUCGUUUAUAGCUGAUUCACGGCUGACUUGAGCCAUCUUUUAAAUGGUCCUGGCACGAUAAGAAAAGAGAGAGUGCCUGGUUCGUGGAGAGCCCAGACAGCCCACGCCUCUUAGCGUCGGAAUCGACUAUAUCUUUCUUAAACAUCUCAUGGUCGCUCUACAAAAAUGUAUCAGAUUUCUUAGAUUUUUUUUUAAACGCUACGCGACCGCGACGCCUCUGAGUGAUUCUAAAUGCGGUUUGGUGUUUUUUUGGUAUCAUGGGAGUCUUAGGAACGCCAAAGUGGUCUCUCUAGGGGUUAGGGGAAAAAGCGAAAAAGUAGCCUGUUUAAUGAAAAAAGCGCUCUCCACAGUUGUAAAAUAUAAGUGGUCCGUAUAGGGGUUUAGCGUCUAACCUCUAAGCUUAAGUGGCCCCUUUAGGGACCUUCAAAUUUCUUCGUUAUGAUUUGUCAAAUGAAAAGAAGUAUUUGAAACUUGAUCGAUAUAUCCUCUAUUGAUUUUCGUAACAGUAAACGACUGACAUGCUACCCUAGGAUGGCCACUAAUUGAAACCCCGUUAGCGGUCCCUUUUGCAGGCUUAGUGCCCCCUAUAGGAGAUCUAAAAAGGUCCCUAGAGGGGAUCCUUCAAAGUUAUUAAAUUUUCCACGUGGAAAUGCGUUUUCUCAUAGAGUUCACAACGAUAAUGGACCUUAUAGGGGCCACUUACUAAAGCCCUGAAGGGCUCACUUUUGCAAGCUUUAUCGACCACUAGAGGGACUCCUUCAAGGACCCUUGCCUCUAAUAAAGACCACUCUGGUUUUUUGAAGAUUGGAGUGAAAAUUUUGAACAAUUUAAGCUUUGAAGCUUUUUUUUUACGAACAAGGAUCUAAUAUAUUGAAAUAAUCCGAUUUCUAAAAUAAUAAAAGCUCGAAAAGCUCAAAAUUCCCUUUCCAGCGACCCAAGAAAACCCGGACCCUCUGAGGAAGACCGUCGCCAACAUUUACCAGCAUUGCCUGAUGAUCCUGAACAACUUGACGAAGUAUGGUGUGGAUGACAAGGAGCAGGUCGCCGUGGCAGCCAGGAACAUGGUUGGUUCGAGAGAGACAACGAAAAAAUAGGAGGGAUGAGACAGUCAGAGGAAUACUCGAGUGUCUGACGCUCUCUCGGUUAUCCAUUAUCUCUUGUUAUCUCUAGAAGCCUGAAACUUUCUCUUUGACUGUAGUAGAAAACUUACUUGAUAUGUCUGACGCUCCUUGGUUUUCUAUUAUCUGUAAUUUGAUUGAUUUUCCGAGGAAAAAGAGAUAAGGGGAAAGAGGAGGGCGACAGGCACUAAAAUAAGUUGUUUUUUGUCUGACGCUCUCCCGGUUUCUUAUGGUCUCUAACUUCCUCCAGAAGCCUGGAGAUUUUGACUUUUUUACUGUAGUAGAAAAAUUUUUUUUAUCAUGUCCUACCCUCUCUUGAUUUUCUAUUAUCUCUAUUUUUAGUGCUCUCUCGAGAAAGAAAAGAUAAGCGAAAAAGGAGAGGCCGACAGACACAGAAAUUAUUUUUCCGUCUGACGCUCUCUGGAUUUUCAAUGGUCUCUAACUAUCCAUUUUGUAAAAUCGAACUCUUUUAACGAACGCUAUUGUCCAUCAAAUCAUAAGAUGCUCAAGCUAAAAUAUUUUCUCUGUAUGUCUGACACUCUACUCAUUUUCCCUGGUCUCUAUGUUAUUGAAGGACCUAAGGACCAGUUUUUUCUCUCAGUUUCUCUACAUCAUUUUUCAAGUACUUUUUUUUUCAGAUCAGCACGAAUUUGAUGUCGCCUUCGACUUUUUUAAAUUUCACGGGAAUGGGCUCGGUCCGUUUGCGGCGACUUUCAAUGCAAAUUUUGAGAAGGUUUGUUUUUGAAAUUUCCAACUUUUUUCAAAGAUAAAAAUUAAAAAAGACGUCUCAAUGUUGUUUAUGGUAAAAAGCAAGAGUAACAUAAUAAAAAAAAGCUGGAGGCCUAAUUUCCCAAAUUGCGGCUCUUUUUUGAAUUUUUAUUUUUCCCGCCAAAAUUUUUUUUUUCAUCGCUUAGUGUUCUAUAAGUACAUGGAGAAAAUUCAUCAUUUUUCAAUUUUUCCAGAGUCAUCGAGACGGUUCCCAGCUACGCUUCUCUGUUUCUCGACAGUGUUGAUAAUCGGGGCGAAAGUUUGCCUAAAUUGCUCAUCUUACGAAUCGGAGAGUCGUUCGAGAAGUGCAGUUAUUAUGUGGGUGUUUUUGACUGGAUUUUCUUAGAAAAUGCGCUCUAUUGGUAGGUUUUUUUUACUGUAGUGGUUCUUGAUAAUUACAGUUUUUCAAUAUAUUAGAUCCUUGUUCCAAAAAAAGGUUUUAACGUCUAAUUUUUCGAAAUUUGACUUCCAAUUUUUAAAACACCAAAAUGGGAUUUAUGAGGCGCGAGGGCUUGAAGGAGCCCCUCUAGGGAUUUUCUUAAUUUAUGAGGGCCACUAAAGCUUGCAAAAGUGACCCGUUUAGGGUUUUAGUAAGUGGCUCUUGAAGGGGGCAUUCUAGUCGAAUGUUUUUGGGAUCUCUGUGAGAAAAGCAUUUUCAUUCGAAAAACUCAAUAUGUUAACGUUUUUGAACGGAAAAAAAAAUCGGGUAAGACCCCUAUAGGGAGCACUUAAGCUUAAGGGGCUUUGGGGUCAGACUUUUACUCACUUCUAUAAGGACCACCUCUCAAAGAGCUAGGGUUUUUCCCUUAAUCCCUGAAGGGACCCCUCUGGCGCCCUCAAGUGUUUUUAAAGUGAGGGAACAGAGAGACGCAGGCAUUUGAGAAUUUUCCAAGUCGCGUUGAACGGACUAUACCCUUGUAUUUUGAGAAAAAAAAAGCCUAUUUUUGUUGAUUUUGAAAACUUUCAGAUAAGAAACAAGGAGGAGGCGAAGGUCAAUGAACACGACGAAGUUGUCCGACACGCGAUUCGCCUUCUGGAAAGUUUGAUGGCGACGAAUUCCAGAUUCGCCGACACCGUUUGUGAGGCCAUGAUGUGGGUUUUUCAGUUCGAAAUGUCCGAUUUUGGUGAAAUGCGCUUCAUUGACAAAAACCGGACGUUUCUGAGCACGUCUAUGGGUCACUUAAGAGUGCUGACGCUACUAAAGUGGUCACUAGAAAUGUCCGGACACGCCCGAUUUCCGAGCGGAAAUGCCGGCGGGACCCUGCGGAGAUGUUCAAAAGAGUACAAUUUCCAGGGUCGGAUCGAACCCCCUGACGUUGCUGAGGUACACGGUCAAGGAGUCGAUGUUGGUGGAAUGGCUGAGGCUGGUCGCAGGCCUUCUGACGUCAUCCGCCGAAAGAGCCCAACUGAUGACGUCAUUCGUGCGAGCCGAUGAGGCCGCCUUCCGCUUCCUCGGCUACAUGGCCAAUGAUCCCAGAUAUCGUGAGUUUUUUCGUGGUUUUCUGUAAAAUACGAACAAUAUUUGAAAGGGUCUGGAAGUCUUUAAAAAACAGGCUUUCCUCAAAGGUUUCACUUUGGAAAGCUCUGUAGGUUUUGGUACAUCUUAUUCCGUAGAUAUUUUGAAAAUAACGUUAUAUGGUUAUUGCUCAUUUUAGCGCGGACUUUUUUAGAAUGCGGACAGAUCGAGUAGAACCUUCACUGAUCACGUUUGCUUUAAGGAAACCCCCGCUUAUCAAAGUGUCAUAUUGCUCAUGUUAGCUCAGUGAAUCUCAUCUUAAUGCCAGGAAGUUGUCUGAGGACAUUUAUAGUAAUUUCAUAGGCCAUAUUAUAUUUUUAUUGCUAAUUUUAGAGAAAAAAAAAUAUCCUGAAAAAUUGCUUAUUAUUGCUUUUUAUUGCUCAUGUGAGAGGUCUUCAUAAAGUUCAGGCUCCUUUUCGUAGUAAUCCAGCCCUGAAAAAACAUCAUAUUGCUCAUGUUAACUCAUCUUCUUCUUUUCAGGCGAAUCCGCCGAGAAACUGCUCGGCUUGGUCGGCCGUACGAUGUGA